UGUGAGCGAUACCAUAAAAGAACCACAUUUGGUUCCCAAAGGACCGUUGAAAAUGCCUUAACGUUAUGUGGAGGUUCUUUGAAGUUUGAAAAUGUUAUUCACACUCACAUAGAUUAAUUCUUAAACUGCAGAUUUAAGAUUUAAGUAAAAAAGACUGUAACUAAGAACUAUACUAAAAAUUCAGAUGUGAAUGCUGAAAUGUGGGUGGCGUCAGGGUCAUUUUGGAGAAAUGAAAGCGAAACCAGGAAGCAGGCAGUGCUGCAGAAAACUGACAUCAACAAAAUUACAAACUGCAAACCUUUAAUCGCCUUUUUCAUGGAUUAAAGAUAAAGACUGUCAUCAACGAUCAGCAGGCGAGCAGAAAAACAAGCAGUGUUUCUCCUCAGUCAGCCAUGGCCUCCUCCAGCACUCUUCUGUCUGAAGAGCAGUUCCAGUGCUCUAUCUGUCUGGAUGUGUUCACUGACCCAGUCUCCACUCCAUGUGGACACAACUUCUGCAUGGCUUGUCUCAGCAAGUGCUGGGACAACAGUCAGAACUGCCAGUGUCCGUUCUGUAAGGAGGAAUUCUCCAGAAGACCAGAGCUUCGUGUCAAUACGUUCAUCUCUGGUAUGGUUCUUCAGUUCAGCGAGUCACUUCAGGCUAAAUCCAGCAGUUGUUCAAAGGAACCUCCCGCCAAGCUUGAAUAUGUGCCAUGUGAUGUCUGCACUGAUCCCAAAGGGAAUGCUGUAAAAUCCUGUCUGGACUGUGGAAUGUCAUUCUGUGAUUUGCAUCUGGAGCACCAUAAAAUUGCAGCGAAACUCAAGAAACACAAGUUGAUCAAUGCUGUGAAGAACCUGGAGGACUAUAUAUGUCAGAAGCAUGACAGAGCUGUAGAACUGUACUGUAGAGAUGACCAGAAGUGUGUGUGUCUGUUCUGCACUGAGAGUGACCACAAGACUCACAACACUGUUCCCAUAGAAGAGGAGAGUGGACAGAGGAAGGCUCAGAUGAAGGAAACACAGGCACACAUUCAGAAGAUGAUCCAGGACAGAAUGAAGAAGAUUGAGGAGAUCAAACAUGCUGCAGAGCUCAAGAAGAAAAAUGCAGAUAAAGAAAAAGCAGACAGCAUUCAAGUCUUCACUGCUCUGAUUUCGACCAUUGAGAGAAUCCAAGCUGAGCUACUUGAAAUGAUGGAGAAGAGGCAGAAAGCAACAGAGAUACAGGCUGAAGGGCUCAUUAAAGAGCUGGAGAAGGAAAUCACUAAGCUAAAGGGGAGAGAGACUGAGCUGGAGCAGCUCUCACACACUGAGGACCAUCUCCACCUCUUACAAAUCUGUCCAUCCACCACUUUAGCUACCCUUCCAAACACCAGUAACUGGACUGAAAUCAAGAUCAACACUGACUGGAGUACAGAGGACCGGAGGAAAGCUCUGUUUCAGCUUCAGCAAUUGGUCAGCAAGGAAAUAGAGAUGUCUGAAAUAAUUCCAGAUUUGGGCACUCAAAGAGCAGAGAUCAAAGAGCUACUUAAAACUCAGCUAUUGGAAGGAGACACUUGGUACUUAGUAGACAGUUGUUGGUUCAAACAGUGGAAGAAAUAUGUAGGCUUUGACCCCUGCGAUAUGGCCUGCGUGGGAGAGCAGGAUCUUUACCCCGGACCAGUGGACAACUCAGGUCUCCUACAAGAUACAGAUUCACACUCUAUCAAGAAUUAUCUAAUUGAUGAGCUGGACUAUAUCCUUCUGCCCACAGAGGGAUGGUAUAAGUUAAUCAGAUGGUAUGGACUGGCUGAGGGUCAGAAGCCAAUUGCUAGAAAAGUGGUUGGGCAUGGUAUGUUUGUUAAACACUACAGUGUGGAGGUCUACCUCACUGAACUGAAAUUAUGUGAAUGUGGUGAUAUGGACAAUAUCAUUAAUAGGUCUUUCAGCAAAACAGACACAGUAUCCUAUAUUGAAAAGGAAAUGCGCAGUCUGUUUAGCAUUCCAGAUGAGAAGGUGUGCAGGCUGUGGAACAAAUACAUGAGUAAUACAUUUGAGCCUUUGAACAAACCUGAAGUCACAAUUCAAGAUGCUAGAUUCUACCAGGGACAGGUUCUGGUUAUAGAGCAGAAGAAUGAAGAUGGAACAUGGCCUGGAGUGGUAGGAACAAACAUAUCUCCUGGAACAAACUUUAAAAAUAUUCAUUUAGCUCAGAAAGGGAAAAGACUACAUUUAGUCACCAGAAUCCCAGAAUGAAAAAUCAAAUACCUACCCAAUAAACGAAUAUCUGAAUAGUCAAAUAUUCAGGUCCAGCCUUAAAGAAUAGCCCUGAGUGAAAGCUUCUGAUUGGGGUGUUUUUGUUAAUUCUGAUAGCUCUUUUACUUCAAAUGUGAUGGAAAUGUAAAAUGUGCAAUGUAGUACUAAUUUGAUUCAAAAUUUUUAUGGAUAAAUAGUAAAAUUAAAAAUAAAUUUAAUCAUUUAAAUGUUUGGUUUCACUAUUUUCAAUCAUAUAAAAUUAAUUUCAUUGACGAAUCUUGUCAAAAAUUAUUCUAAUAUGAUGCUAAUAUUCUAUAGGUGUCAGACAAUUUGUAGGAAGCUGUAAAAAUGAAUGCAUGUUUAAAAUUGAACGGAGCUGCACUGUAAAAAAUGGUUAGUCAGUUCACUGUAUUUCAGGGUGAAGAUAAAGGUUGACUGAUUGAUUGAUUGAUAUCAAGUUUAUUGAUUGUUCUGGCAAACUGCUAUGUUUAUGUUAUCGGUGCAAGCAUGACUGAAAUGAAGGAAAUACAGCAAUGACUACUUAGCUCUGGGCUUCAUGUGUAUGAGAAAUGAAAAUGAGUAACUAUGGUCUCAAGACUGAGACCGGACUCAAGUACUACAACACUAGCUAGAAGCAAAACAAGAAAAUAUGGGUUAGGCCUAUACUAAAGCCCUAUAAUAAAGAAGCAAAAGAAUAUUGAGUCUUUAAAGCAAUAUAUCUUAUACAAGUAAAACACAUAGAACAUGUAGUUAUGUGAAAGUCUGCGUUCACAAAUAUUCAAAAGUAAACACACCUAACAGUAUUUAUUAGGCAUUUUUUGUCUUAAAUCUCCACAUCAGUUUCUGCAGAUCACAAGCUGAACCCAAUGAUUAGAGUCGUUGUGUUUAUAUACCUGUUCUCUUAGGGUUGUGUAACCAGUUUUAUCAUGAGCUACAGCCUGAACCCCACCAGGGCUGAAGUAGCCACACUAUCAUUUCAAAAGUGUAAAUCUGUAUUCUUUGUUAUCUCCAAUUUGUUACCUAAAGAGAAAACUUACCUCAUUGGAUUACCCCCAACUCUUCCCCACCAAACAUUAUCAGCUCAGGGGAAUUUUCACACAUUGUUCUUAUUGAUCUGUUUGAAUACACACACACACACACACACACACACAAACACACACACACACACACUAGGGCUGCAACAAACAACUUGAUAGUUAAAUAAUGGAUCCAUU